CUUCUCCUUCAAGCUAUACUCUCAUUCUCUCUCCUCCGACCAAAGUUUUCUGUUCCUCCGCUUCUCCUUCCCCUACCGGUGCUUCGUUUUGUGUUGUACAGCAGAUGUCUGUUGAUAUCUGCAAGAAGAAUCCAUCGUUUCUUUGGUGUGACUGUGGAUAUAUGAGCAGAGGAAGGUUGUGGUGCUUUCAGACCAUCAUGUUUUCUUCUUCUUCUUAGCUUUUUGUCUCUGCUAGAUCUUGUUAUUGUGAGUUUUUUGCUUUACUGGUGAGGGAAGUUACUUAGUGUAGUGAAAGUUUUCCCCUUGUCUUCCAAUGGGGAAAACUAACUUGGCACCUGGUUUUCGGUUUCAUCCGACUGAUGUUGAACUUGUGAGAUACUACUUGAAGAGGAAAGUUAUGGGAAAAAAGUUCCAAGUUGAUGCCAUUGCUGAGGUCGACAUUUACAAGUUCGAACCUCCUGAUUUACCCGACAAAUCAUGUCUAGGGACUGGAGAUCUUAAGUGGUACUUCUUCUGUCCAAGAGAAAAGAAGUAUCCCAAAGGCGGUAAGGCAAACCGCUCUACUGAAUGUGGUUACUGGAAGACCACAGGGAGAGACAGAGAUGUUUCUUAUAAUGACGAAGUCACUGGGAAGAUAAGAACUCUGAUUUAUCACUACGGGAAAAUACCUCGCGGUGAUCGGACUGAUUGGGUCAUACAUGAAUAUAGACUUGAAGACAAAGUACUGGCUCAAAAGAAUGUUCCUCAGGAUACUUAUGUGCUUUGCGUUCUCUUUAAGAAAAAUGGACUUGGACCAAGACAUGGAUCUCAAUAUGGUGCUCCAUUUAAGGAAGAGGAUUGGAGUGAUAAGGAAGAAGAAUAUACUCAGAAUCAUCUUGUAGCUGGUCCUAGUAAAGAAACCAGUCUAGCUGCUAAGGCCUCACACUCGUACGCUCCUAAGGAUGGUUUGACAGGAGUGAUCUCAGAAUCUUGCGUCUCUGAUGUGCCGCCACUAACUGCCACAGUGCUUCCACCUCUAACAAGUGAUGUUAUAGCUUACAAUCCCUUUUCUUCUUCACCUCUUCUUGAGGUUCCUCAAGUAUCUCUCGAUGGUGGCGAGUUAAAUUCGAUGCUUGAUCUCUUUUCUGUUGACAAUGACGACUGUUUACUUUUCGACGAUUUCGACUACCAUAAUGAGGUAAGACAUCCUGAUGGUUUUGUAAACAAGGAAGCUCCGGUGUUCUUAGGAGAUGGCAAUUUCAGUGGAAUGUUUGACCUGAGCAAUGACCAAGUCGUAGAGCUACAGGAUCUGAUACAGUCACCCACUCCUCAUCCUCCUUCUCCUCCAGCUCAAGCUAGUAUUCCUGAUGACUCAAGAAGCAACGGUCAGACUAAGGACGAUUAAGUAUUUUGUGCUGACUUAUGCUCUUUCUUGCUUUGGUCUGAUGCUCCAUGGAAACAGAGACCAAACAUGUGAAGCUUUAGCCAGAACGUUUCUAUUGUUGCCAUCUCUGUCUGCACGAAAGAAGAGACAAAACCAUGAAUCAGUAACUUGAAACCGUCCAGUAGUGGAGCCAGCUUUCUAUGUUAUGUUUCUGCAACUGCGUUGUCUGUAGUCUUAGAUUUUCAUCAUCAUUUAUGUAUGUGGCAAAGACCUUCGCUUUAACUAGUGUAAUACCAUGGAUUCUUAGCUUAGCUUCAAUGAUAAUGCCAUUAAAAUUCAGUCACAGGCUAUAAGGAUGAAUGUGAACGAACGUCGUCGUUUGGG